AAACCACUUGUAGUUUCAUAAUUCCAAAAUGGCGGACGUUCUCAUCCGUUCUGCCAGAUUUCGUACGUUUCUUCCGUCAUGUGUUUCGUUGUUGUCGAAGUCUAGACAUCUACGAGCGUUAGUAACUUUGCGUAAAGGUAUUCUUGGCUUAGCUUUUUCAAACCGGGAUCGUACCCGUGCUGGAUGGGACUUCAUCCAGUCCUCACUUUUGAGUCCAUUUGAUAAGCUUUAUUUUUGUGGUAAAUUAAGAUUGUCAGGGGCUUACUUCAUAUUUAUGGUCAACUGUAGUCUUUAAGAUGUGUUUGACUACAGCGUAGUAGGUAUUAGAAUGGCAUAAAAACCCAGGCAUUCUACCAAAAAGAGAAUAUCACCCUGACACCUUGGCAACUUUAUUUUUAAAGGCAUAGUCAGAUCUUUUUGGUUUGAAGGCAGCUAUAUUGUUGGCUUGGUUAAUUAAACAUGUACAUGUGAAGGUAUAUGUAUAAACUAAAUCUUCGUAAUUUGUAUUACUUUUCUAUGGCAGAUGUCUUUGAACAACCCUUUAUGACGACAAAAGGUUCCAGAGAGAGUCUAUUCCGAACUACCCAAGUUUGUUCAUCUUGUAUAAAAGCAAGACAUUCCUCUUGUCACGCUGAUGUAAUGUCAACAAGUCAAGUUAUCACUAAUGAAAGGUUUGGAAUUGUUACUUAGCAUACAACUCUGUACGUACCUAGUCAGCUGUAUGCAGAUGGUGUGCUGAGUGGGGAGGCUUUGGUUCAAACUUCGGCUGGGCCAAAACCAGUGGCAUCAAGAAAAAUCAGUGGCAUCAGGACAUUGGCCUUGUCUCAUUAAUAUCCUUCUUUCAUUGGUCAAUUCAAAGGAAAUGUACAUUUGUGAAAAGUAGGGGAAUUUUGGUCUGUGGUGUGCUCUACCUCACUGCACAUUAUCAUUCAUAUCAUAGGCUUGGUGGUUUACGGUAAGCUCAUAAUAGCAGAUAGCAGCUUGUAUGCUGACAUCUGAGCUUACUGUAAGCAUUUUUUAAUAUAUAACGUAAAAGGGACACAUCUGCUGACCUCCCAUCUUUAACAUUUCAUUUAUUCAUUUCAGUACAGGUCUGUCUGUAGUCACUUUUAGAAAAUAUUUUUUUCUAUAUUUUAGCAGUACCGAACUUGAAAAAUCCAGGAAAUAUCAGGCACUUCAUGUAAGUAAUUUAGUGCUAUUGUAAUUAUAUAUUGUUUUUGUUUUUGCUUUUUGAUGAUCAAUAUUUUUUUUUGUUUUCCCACAUUAAUAGGUUUUUGAGAAACUGUAAAUGCUGAGACUAGGAAUGGGUUCGAAUAACUUGAACUACUUGCAAAAUAUGACAUCACAUCUUUACCACAUUUGACGCACGUAUACGAAAUGUAAAAUGUAAAAAUAAAAAUGUUCUAGAAGUUUUAAGAUCCUCGAAACAUAUCUCGUUCUUUGAGCCUUGUCAGUUAAUAAAAUUUUAUUGACUGACAGGGCUCGAAGAGCGAAAUAUAUUUCGAGAAUUUUAAAACAGGCAAAGGUUAGGCUCACUGUAGUACAUACUAGAUCUGUGGAUAUGUAAUGCUAGUAAUGAAUCCUAUUGACUUUAAAGUCUCCCUGUUUUAGGUUAUGCCCUUUUCUGUAACAGAAGGAGGAAAGUAUGUAGCUCAUGUGUUACUAAAGCACAAGCCGAAGAAAGCAAUAGUGUUUGUUCGCACUCGAGGUUAGUCAUCAGUUUUAUCAUUAUAGUAGUGAUCAUUGUCAUCAUCAUCAUGAUGUUGAUCAUUUUUUGGUUUGAUUUUACUUUUAAAAGCAUUGAAUUUCAUUAUUUAAAUGCAAUAAUCAUUGCUUAUCCAUUCAUUUUGACAGUUUUGGCUGCAGAGCUUGUCAGAGAACUGGAAGAAUAUGGCCUGAAAUGCUCAUCCCUGGAGGUAAUAUUCUUUUUACUUUCUUCCAAGUAUAAAGUAAUUCAGUAGAGUAAAUACAUUGUUUGUUUGACUUUACAGUAUGCAAGGGGUUUUUGUUUUUGUUUGUUUGUUUAUUUGUUGACAAAUUCCUAAACCCAACCUCCGCUGAGGCCUCUUUGUGUCGCAGGGAGGCUUGGUAGAGUGAAAAAAGAAAGCAUGCAGGGUUUCCUGGAAUACCCAGCAGGAGCCUUUGUUGAGGAGAUAGGCCUGAACAUCAGAGGAGAGCUUUUCCUGUCCAGAAGUAUCAGAAACGUUUGCUAGAUUAUUUUUAAAUUUGUCCUGUUGUCAAAACAGUGGAAUUUAGAGGUCAUCUGCAUUUCAUGAUAAAUUUCCAUGACCAUUACCUCUUAGGCACUGGCUAUUUCAGUCGUUUGAUUGCAGUGAUAUUUUGUUACUUGAUCUUUCUUUAUUUUAGGAUGCCAACUUUUCAGAGACCUCAAACACAAGCGAAAGUGAAAAUGAAGAACUGAACUCUGAGAAAAUUAACGAAAAUGAUACUGGGUCAAGAAUCACCGUGGUAGGUCAGCUAUAGAUAAUAGUUAAGGCUGGUUUGCGUCAUGAUCUUUCGAUAUUGCUGUGGUCUCCAGUAUCUGAGUGAUUGAAAAGAUUGUAAUAAAUUGCUUCAAUUAAUAAUUGUAAUCUAAGAUACAUGUGUUGUACAAAGCUACAUCGUGUACACUUCAAUAAUAUUAAUUGCAAUGAAAAUUGCAACCAGAAUAGCUGACAUUAUUUUAAGGGUGGUGGGGGCCUUGUACUGCUAGAUCCAUGAGAUUGCUGGACUUUUUUCCAGCCUUCACAGCAAUGUUCAGACUAGGCUUAGGAUGAUGCUAAAUACACUGUAGGAGUAAAUUCUCCUUCCUUCUUAUUUUAUCUCGCCUUGCUGCAUUGCCUUUGCUUUUUGAAACUGACCAGAAAGCAGUAUAGAUCUAUCCAUCUUGGUUACUGGUCAAAUUUGGUUUCAGAUGCAAAUAGUUUGAUUUAUUAAACCAUGUUUGAUUCCCAAUUCCUUUAGUCUUCUAGGGCUAGCAGAUAAUGAAAAUGGAGAACACGGAUCAACAUAAAUGUUUACCUGAAUGUACAUUAAUUUUGACCGGCAACAUCUAUACAGAUUUCACCUGGACACCUUUGCUUUCUCAUAAUGCACACAUUAAUGUGUAUGGGAGUGGUGGUUCACUGUUUUAAGUGAGAUGAGCUAUUGCAAAGUAACAUGAUGAAUUUCUUUUGCAGAUGACCGAGGGUGAAGUAGAGGCAAUGGAGUCACUGCUUCCUGUGGAUCUUAUUCUACUUGGUCAGUGUUUGUUAUCGUUGUUUUUUGUUUAUUGUUGGUGUUGUUGUCGUGUUGUCAUAUAUUCUUACUAUUUUUGUUUUCUUUUCUAAGAAACUGCGUGCAGGUAGAUGUUUUAGUAGGUGCCCUGGCAUCCUUGAAGACCAAGUGGCAGUCAGUUGGGUGGGGAAAAAAGGUGCGACAAAAGUUUUGAAGCAUGGUCGAAAGAUCCCCAGUGGACUUAAAACUACUUAAAGUUCAGUAAAUCGCCAUGUUUGUCUAGUCAGUUCGCAGAGUCAGUCAGUCUUUAAUUUUGUUCUUAUAUCAAUGAUCUUUUCAUCUUGAGUUAAGCUAGCCUGAUUCUUUGAUGUCCGAGGUUGUUCACGCCCCCUUCUCUUGUCUUUCUUGAAGGGACCGCUAAAACAACCUCAUAUGUCUCAGAAUCAGCCUUUGCAAGUGAAAUGUGGCAAACAUGGCAAUUUACUGAACUUCAUGUAGUUUGCAUGUAAGAACACACAAAACAACUCCAAGGUUUGCUGUUCUUUCAUUGGGCAGAUAAACACAAGCAUUUUCUGGCACCAAUCAGAAGCCAGAAUGGCUGUGGCCGUUUGGAACUGGUCUAAUAAAACGAUGUCCUCAGGGGCUCUUCUACCCCUGCUUGAAUACUUUCAUUUUGCCUCUUCUCUAGACCCAACUGAUUGCCCCCGAGUCUCCAAGGAUGGUAUGCACGUAGAAAGUCAUAUGUCAUAAUUAACUCCAACUCUGAUUCUUAGUCCAGCAACCCAUGACUGGGAAGAGCUUCACUUUAUUUUGCCUGAAAAAGGCUCACGCUAAAGUCAAGCCUCUUGAUGUGAUACUACUCUAUUCGCACAAUGAUCUGGCAUUUCUGAGUCAGGUAAGAACGUCUACCGGCAAUCAUGAAUUUCAUUAUUACCUAAUGGUAAAUAAUCAAAGAUUCAUUCCGAGUACCUAUACCCAUGUAACUGGCGGUUUCUAUUGCUCACAUGGCAUUCAAAAUAUUUUUUAGUCUUUGGGAAGAAAGAAAAGUGAAAUGUAAAAAAAAUGAAAUUCAAGGUCUUGUGCUUUUUUUUCUAGUUGACUUCCAGUUGUAAUAAUUGUUAUUUUAUCUCUUAACAUAUCGAAAGUUAGCCUGCGAAAACAUCCGUUUCUCCUCGCUCUUCGCCGCUGGGGACGUUUCGCGUGGAGAAACGGAUGUUUUCGCAGUCUAAUCAAAAGUCAAGGUCUUGUGUGUGUGCGUGUUUUUUAUAGUUGACUUCCAGUUGCAAUAAUAUUAUUGUUAUUUAAUAUUAAUUUGUGAAAUACCAUUGGAUUGUAGUUAAGAUCUUUAGUUUGUUCAAUACAUCUUUCGCUUCCCAAUAAUUUCUUUGUUUAAAAGUAACACACUAUACUCUACAAAGUAACAAAAAACGAAUUCAGAUAACAUACAGUGUAGCAUGACACUCAACAAACCUUUUCUUGUCUUGCCCGCUGAAAAGGAUCUUGGCAACAUAUCGCUUGCCACAAGUGAAUAACCUCAAGAGUUUUUAAGCAAACGGAUCGAGUUGCUAGGCCGCUAAGAAUCGGACAAAGGACUUUUUGAAAGUCUAAUAUGUAAUAUAUUGAUUUAGCCAAGGCUAAAGGCUAAAAUCUUUGAUCUUAGUGUUACUGUACUAAUGUAAUUUAUCUUAGAUGCAGAGCUAUGUUGAUGUUAAGAAGCUUUCACCACCUUCAUUUUACAAUGUAGCAAUGAGGACCGAAGGACUCCCGUCAUUUCCUGGCGAAUCCACGGUAUGGAUCAUUUUUGAAAGCAGCACUAAAAAAGAAUAAAUAAUUAGAUAAAUAAAUAAACCCACCUUGAUAUGAAGCUAUUGACUAAGUACAGUUUAAUCUUAUUGCCCCUAAAGGGUUUUCUCCGAGACCUCUCUUUCACCUCUCCUCAAAACCCAACUUUUGCCAACUCUAAUUCAAUCAGGAGAAUGGUGAAUGAUAAACCACUAUAAAACAUGUACUUGAAUUUGCCACUAAAAAAACGAGAGGGUCAAGUUAACGUUUGCAAAGACUUCUGGGAUUGUUACUCACUGUAUAGCUCGGGGAAAACAAAUUGGCCAUAAGAUAGCUUAAGCAAAAGCGUUUUUCAGCAACGCACUUCAACCGGAAGUAAAGUCUUUUAUCGUUUAAUAUGCCUUGACGCUACUGCAUUGGUUUCGCUAUGUUUCUUUAAUCUUAUACAGACAAUUUGACCGAAAAUCUUGGCAAAAACAUUGUCCAAGAAUGAAAAAAGGCCGCUUCCGGUUUACUUGCGUGGCUCAAAAGCGCCAUUGCUUAAUCUUCCUGAUAGCUGACCGGCGCGUCCCUAGUAACGAUUCCAAUAACAAUAGAGGGACGCAUUUCUGCUCCAGUUCAGUGACCUUCUUGUUUCUUAAGUGACGAUUGUGCUGCCUUUAAAUCAUUAUACUGCCCAAAAAUGCGUAAAGUGCACUUCUGGUUGCCGUCCGUCGCUUAAACCAUAGUUAAUAGAGGGAAUGGUUAUGAAACCCGACAAAGUUCUUUGUUGUAUGUUUUUGUUCUCUUUUUUGGCCUUGACCCUGCACAAAACACAAUAGUUGUUUACUCCGUAUUGAGGAACUAACCAAUAGAAACGUGCUGGUUACGUAAUUCAUGCAUAACGUAUGAACGCAAAACAAAAGAUUGUGCAGGGUCGUGGACCUUCCAACAUAAAUCUUGGCAUCUUUGUUUGCUCCUUUGAUGUUUGCCGGGCUUCAUAACCAGUCACCUCCAUUAACUAUGCUUAAACACGUCUUCUCUUAAGCUCCCUGAUAGCUGUAGUCAUUAGUUAUGUUAUUUUCUUUUGCUUGUUUUUUUUUGUUUGUUGUUUAUCUUUUGUAGUUGUUACCUGGAAGACAUCUUGUAGAACCUCCACCUCCUCCCAUCACGGCAAUUAUUCCACCAAAGCUCCCCCGAUCAAAAGUUUUCCGGCCUUCGGUUUCUGUACCAGUCAAGGUAAUUUGAAAAGUCAAUGCCAUUUGCUUAACACUUUGAAGUGUGGCCCUUGAUCACGUUUACAUGAUAGGUGGGGUGACCCGCCACAUGUUACCUCACCUAUCUGGGGACCCCACCUCCAUGUAAACAGGCCCCAAGUAGCUCGUCAAGAUGGUUGAAAAUUGGCCAAGUGGUUGUUGUUGUUGUUGUUGUUGUUGUUGUUUUGUUUUGUUUUUUCCUUUUUAUCGUCGGGGUCGAUAAAAACACAAAAAAGAACGAUGUAGCCAUCUUGACCGAACAAGCUUGAUCUAUCAAGGCCGACUUAUUAUAUAUGUGGCCAAAAAGAGAACUUUUUUCUUGAGGGACCAACUCGGGAAAUGUCGAGCCCGCUUAGUCGGUUAGCCAAUUAGGACAUGGAUUUCUUUUCAUCUUCCCGCUUGCGGAUUCGCCCGUAUGAUGAUCAAAAAGGUUAAUGCACUCGAGAACUUGUGCAGGGGCGAGACUCCUAGGGAUGACCUCAUAUUCUUAUUUCGACUACGUUUAUUUCUUCUUCUUUCAACUUAAAGUAGCUUGAAUUACCUGUAAAAAGUAUAACUGAUUGAGAGAUCGGGUAACAAGAGCAAGGUUGCCUCAGGUUUGUCAGUCAGAUGACUCACUAUUGCGUCCAUCCAUUCAUACGUCAACGGUGUUUGGAGAUCGAACUCGAUUUCUAAACUGAUGGCAGAAUCCUUACUUUAAACUUAACUUUUGAACAAAUACGAUGCGCAGACUCUUGUUAAUCAAAAAGAAACUGAGUAAAUAGAAUACUUUUACUCUAUUUCCUAGUAGUAUUUGGAGCAAAUUCUAUUUAUUAGCGAGGGGCGUUUCUGAAUACCAUCUAGAACAGCGUGAGGGGGGGGGGUGGGGGGGGGGGGGCGAGGCGUCUUUUUCUUGGGGGGGGGUUUUUGAGAUUGUCACUGUUCUUUCGGCACCAGGCUUCAAAAAAUAAUAUCAACUGUUUCAAAUAACCCCUAGNACAGUGUUUCCCGAACGCCACACUGCGUCACUUCUCUGUUAAGGAAAAUCGCCGUAUUUUAGCCGAACAUGGCACAUACUUUUCGUAAGUAAAACUGUGUAUAUGUGUUUCGCAUUUAUUCGUUCAUUCAUUCAUUUAUUUAUUUGUAGUUUAUUAUUAUUAAUCAUCACACUUACGAGCAUUAUUUCUCCCAAAACGUUUAAUUGCACUUCACCAAUGCUUCGUUCCAAAUCAACUUGUAUUUGGUGGCUUAUGAACUUGUAUUCACUCAUUUGUAUAAAAUCACUAUGUGGAAGCAUUAAAAACGCUAGCACUAGAAAACGCUGUCCUCGCUCCUAUCACCGCUAGCGAGGGAGACAUUUGUGUAUGUCCUGGAACUACUAAAAUUACCAAAUUUGUCACACACGUCAGAACUUUAACACCGUUUUUCACACAGGCCGUUUAAUGACCUUAGCUUUUUCCAAUAUUUUCAAGGGGUAAAAAAGGUAAAAAGCAGAAAGGGACUCGUGGUCGCGACACAGUCAUCCCAGUCCCUGUUGGUACAACUGUGUAUACAGAUGACGGUCAAAUUGUAAGAGAAAUGGAUGAGCUGGGCUCCAGGCUUUUGGUUGCUAGAGGUGGCCGCGGUGGGUCACCAGCUACGGAAGACUGGCGCGGAGAGAAGGGCGAACGGUUCAUGAUAAUACUGGAAUCCAGGCUGAUGGCUGAUGUUGCUCUUGUCGGGUAAGAUUAAGGGACAAAGGAAUCUCUAUUUAACGUAGUGCCAAGGCCAGGGACUUCGGAAAUUUGUUCGUUAAAUCGAGGAUUCAUUAUAUUGAACACCUCCAUUGAACGAACGUUCGGGAAAACUAGAAGAAUGUUCGUUAUAUCGAGGUAUAGUUAAUAAUAAAUUUCAAAAAACCCAGCAUUUCCGGAUCUAAAAUCAGUAUCGCGCUAUACAUAGCUACUGCCACAGACGGAACUAAACUUUUUAGUUCAGUCCUUCUGAAAAACAAUGCUGAAAUCCUUGUUCUUGGCCCUUACCUGUCUACCAGAAGUUACCUACGCGCCAUGAUUGGUAUGUUCAAAAACCAUUGUCAAUUUGCCAGCCAGGUUGAAGGGGGAUUCGAAACGCAUUUCCGGUAAUUCGUCGAGCCCCUUGGGGGCCCAGAAAAAGGAUGUCGCGCUGCUUCAGAGACGUUACUAACCGGGUUUAGUAUCCGGGACUUACAGGCUAACAUCUAUUAAAAGCGCAUGGAAGCUCAGAACGAAUAUCAAUUUUUGUUUCUUUUUUGCAGUUUUCCCAACGCCGGAAAAUCGAGUCUACUUCGUGCUAUCAGUAAUGCAACCCCAAAGGCAGCUGAUUAUGCCUGUAAGUUAUGCUUGCCCCUUAUAAAUGGCGGUUUUCACGCUAGAGACGGGUUAUCCGUCUUCAAAAUCCGUCAAAAUUGACGGAAAAGCAGAUGGAUAAAAUCAGGUGGAUAGUCUAUCCAAAAUUAAGACCGUUCCAUUUUCAAAUUAAGACGUAUUAUCUGCCUGACGCGAAUUAUCCAACGGAUAAUCCAUCUCUAAUGUGAAUACGGCCAGUGCAAACCAAGCCUCCAAAAGACAUCCCAGAAAUGUAAGAAAAGUCUGAAAAUUGGUACCUCACAUUAGAUACAAUUAUUUGUCAUUUCCAUAAGACUUGAUGUAGACAGAAUUGCUUGCGUUCAGGUGAGAAUUAGUCUAGGGGACACUUCUUUAUGUCUAUCAUACCGUAGCAUGAAUCUCAUAAACCGCUGCAAUCCUUACGGAUGGCCACUAUUUCUGCCCAGUGUGGUGAUUUUAAUCAAAGGGCCUGUUCACAUUAAUGCGUUUUCUUUUGAAAACGCCUACAUUUUAAUGCGUUUAGGCCUUCUGUCUACAUUAAUACGCUGUUCGUUUUCAUCGAAAACGCAUCGAUUUGAAAACGCUCUUAAAAAUGGAUCAUGGAUCAAAACGUAAACGCAUACAUAUCGUAUUGGUGUGGACAGUCGAAAACGCUGACCGAAACUAUCGCAGGCCCGUGUGUUUCUAGCAUGCACAUAGGAGUUCAACUUACUUCACGACGUUCAAUUCUAUCGUUUUCAAACGUUUUAGUGUCGACAGUCGAAAACGCAUCAAAACGGUAGUGUGGACGCGAAUCGAUGGAUGCGUUUUCAAUGACAACGAAAAUGCGUUAGUGUGGGCAGGGCCAAAAGAGAACAAAGAAAGGAUGCGCAUCCAAAGCUAUCUGUUAUUCUCGAUUUUAUGACCUCUCGUUUUGAACUGUUUAAAUUCAUUCAUAAGAAUCAUCAUUUGCUUAAUACCCUUUUACUUACAGUUACAACUAUGCGUCCCAAUAUUGGAAUGGUGGAAUAUGGUGAUCAUUCACAGGUAUAUAGUAAGAGGAAAUUAAAUAAUAAGAAAUUUAAAAAAAAGGUGACUUUUAAUAUAAUUUCUUUUCGUCGCUGUCAUCAUGGAAACUACAUCCUAACUGGAUUUCACAUCGUUUGAAUUAUUGUUGUUCAAUUAUAUUAUUAUUGUCUGCUAACAGGGCGUGACAAGACAGGUCUGUUAUAACCUGGCUUGGCGAAUUCCACUCCACCAAGACAGUUGCUCACUUUUAUGACACUGUAGUUACCAUUGUUUGUUUUUUUUCUAAUUAUUAUCAUGUGUUUAUUUAUUUUACUUUAUUAUUAUUUAUGGUCCUAUUAUUAUUCCUUUUUUGACAAACAAGAAAAUGGAUAAAUUUGCCCUCACUGAUAUGCUAAAAAAGUAGCACGUCAACUAGAAUCAAGGAAACAAGACUAA